UAGUGUGUUUGCUUUUCUCUGAUACGGAGGCAGGAGAUUGGUUUGAAUCUUGUCGGAGAUUACACCAUUUAGGAUGCACUGAAGUGUUCAUGAAGAUUCAUUUGAGCUCCUGAAUUUGGGCGGCAGCACUGAGGCCAAGACUCACCUGUUAGCAGACUGAUGAGACGAGAGAUGGGAUCCCCAGUUACUGUUGUAACUCUGUGCCCCCUCUGGUGGAUCCUUGUCCUGGUCGUCUUUGUGCAUCAACUCAAUGCAGGGGCGAUUGAAGGCCCAUGUGAAGGCAGAGACUGCUCUGUAUGUCAGUGUCAUCCUGCUAAAGGUGCAAGGGGAGCUCCAGGGAAGCCAGGCCAGCAAGGCCCCUGGGGAACGAUGGGACCAUGGGGACGCCAAGGGUCACUUGGAGAGAAGGGCAGGCGGGGAACAGAGGGAUCACAUGGCCCAGAGGGGCCCAAAGGAGACCGCGGCGAGACUGGUGUUCCUGGUUUUCCUGGUAAUGAUGGCUCGCCAGGCCACCCUGGAGCAGGUGGUGAGCCCGGGUUGAUAGGAGUGGAUGGCUGUAAUGGGACAAGGGGUCUACCAGGAGUCUCUGGUAUUCCUGGUUUUGAUGGCAUCCAUGGGCCGCCGGGAUCACAUGGACAUAAAGGAAUUAAAGGAGAGCCUUUGUAUGAUGCUGCCCUUCCAGGGCUUCCGGGGGAGCGUGGUAGAGAUGGACAACAUGGUCUACCUGGUAGACGAGGAGACAUUGGGCUUAAAGGCCACGCUGGCCCUCCAGGCCCUCUUGGACUUGAGGGCUUGGUAGGACUUAAAGGUGUGAGAGGACUGCCAGGCGACCCCGGAGGAUCACUGGCAGGAGCUAAAGGUGACGAUGGUGAACAAGGCCCACCUGGCCCACAAGGACCAGAAGAAGUCAUAGAAUUUCCUCCAGACUUCCUUCCACCCAAAGGAUUCAAGGGAGACCGAGGUCCUCCUGCAUCAUGUGGACCAAAGGGCAUCAGCGGUGGAAGAGGAGAUGUCUUCUACAUAGACCAAAUGAAAGGAGAGCAAGGAAUCCUUGGUUUUCCUGGAGUUAGGGGUUUCCCAGGAUUUCCUGGUAGAGAUGGACCACCAGGACCCGAGGGUGUCCGUGGAGAGAAAGGAUUCCCAGGUCUCAUUGGAAGAAAUGGACCAAAGGGUUACCUAGGAGAUCCAGGUCCCCCCGGUCCCCUGAACUAUCUCAAUGGAAGUGAUGCCAGAGGUGUUAAAGGUGACCGUGGGUAUCCUGGAAUACCUGGACCUCCAGGUGACUCUGGCUACAUGGGCAUGCAUGGACCUCCUGGCCCACCAGGGUUAACAAUACCAGAAGAGCCAGGUCUACCUGGUCCACUAGGGUCCCCCGGUCCCAAGGGCUACAAGGGAGAGCCAGGAAGGUAUAACAACUUUGAAAAUCCAUUUCUGGGACCAAAGGGAACUAAAGGACUCCUCGGACCUAAAGGUGUCACAGGCCUCCCAGGUCCUCCAGGAUGUGAAGAUUACUAUUGUGAGCCUGGUUACCAAGGGGACCCUGGUGACAUAGGACCUAAAGGAUCUCCUGGAAACAAAGGGGUCAAAGGACUUAAAGGUUGUGAAGGGGCAUGUAAGUGUAGAUCGGGUGGGGGAGGACAAGGCCCCCCUGGUCCUGUCGGUUAUCCAGGACCUCCAGGCUUACCUGGAACUCAAGGAUUUAAAGGAGACCCAGGGCUGAAUGGACCUGAAGGUCCAGGAGGACCACACGGCUUUCACGGAAUUCCUGGUAUAAAAGGACUAAAGGGUCAGAAAGGUCACUCUUUUGUGGUAGAUGCUAAAGGUGACAAGGGUAACCAAGGUGUCCCUGGACAUUCUGGUCCUCCUGGUGCAGGUAGGCCAGGGCUGGAUGGCCCCCCUGGCCCUGCAGGGGACCGUGGAACACCGGGUGCUGGAUAUGCAGGACUGCCUGGUCCCAAAGGUGACCCUGGUGUUGUUGGACCUAAAGGGUUUCCAGGGCUUGUAGGCCCCCCAGGUCCUGGUGCUCCAGGCGCUAAGGGGUCAUUUGGACCUAAAGGUUAUCAGGGACGUUCUGGCCCCCCAGGAGUACCUGGACGACCAGGCCCUCCAGGUGAAAGUGAGGUAUGCUGUCAUGAAGGUGGGAUUGGAUUACCUGGUCCUAAGGGUGAGCUAGGUUCACCGGGGUUUCCAGGUGAGCCCGGAAGAGAUGGUCUUCCGGGAACUCCGGGACACUCGGGCCUGAAAGGCAUGAAAGGAGAUGACAGGGAGACUGGGGGGAUUGGACUGCGAGGACCUCAAGGUUUAAACGGGGAUCCAGGUGACCCUGGUCUCAGAGGAAUUAUCCUGGAUGGCCCCUCAGGCCCUCCUGGGUUACCAGGACAUCCAGGCAGGAAGGGUGACCCAGGAGAUGUCCUCUCUGCCAGGCCAGGUGCUACUGGCCCACCUGGUCGCCCUGGGGCUCGGGGGCCAAACGGACUCCGUGGCAUUCCUGGAAGCCCAGGGUCUCCAGGCGCUCAAGGCCAACUUGGAGGGCCUGGUUGGAAAGGAGAGCCAGGAGUCAUUGGGGACCCUGGAGCCUUUGGUCCCCCAGGCCUGCCCUGCACUGCGUGUGAACUGAUAGCACCUCCGGGCCCCCCCGGACCUCCAGGAAAUCCUGGACAGAGAGGAGUACCAGGCUACCUCCUUAGUCAGAAGGGUGUUAAGGGAGAUAUUGGUCCUCCUGGUCAUGGACAGAAGGGUCUACAAGGUUUCCCUGGCCCUCCCGGUGUGCCAGGCCCUGCUGGACCAAGAGGUGCCACCGGCCCCUUAGGAGAUCCUGGGACCGAUGGCUGGCCAGGACAUAAAGGUGACAGAGGGUUCCCAGGCAGGCCCGGGUCCAGAGGUUUACCAGGUCGUCCUGGACCUGCGGGACCCAGUGGUAAACAGGGAGAGAGAGGCUUUAAUGGUCGCACAGGUGACACUGGAUAUCCAGGACAGCCUGGUAAUAAAGGUGAACGGGGUCUACCAGGAUUACCAGGACCAUUAGGGAUUAUUGUGAAUAUAACAAAAGGCCCACGAGGACUUCCAGGAAGGAAGGGACAAUCAAGAGAACCAGGACUUGCAGGCUCACCGGGCCCAAGGGGAGUGCCAGGUGAUUCAGGGCUUGAUGGAUGGCCUGGUUCGUCAGGGUUUAAAGGCAGUGCUGGUGCUCCAGGCAGGGCAGGAAUACCAGGAGCUCCUGGGUACCCUGGAGUCAAAGGCUUCCCUGGUCCAAGAGGAUAUCCUGGACAUGGUGGAGAUCUGGGAGAUCCAGGGCCUGGGGGAGAAUCGGGUAUCCCAGGGUUACCGGGAUUUCCAGGAGCCAAAGGUGACCCAGGACAGUCUUAUGGGCAAUCUGGUCCACCUGGACAAAAAGGAUUACCAGGCGAGGAUGGACCUAGUGCACCCAGAGGGAGUCCAGGAGAUCCAGGGGACCCAGGACCACGGGGGAGGUCUGGACAGCCGGGACAACCAGGCGGUGUCGGGGAACCAGGAAGACAAGGAGGACCAGGCUUCCCAGGGCCUCUGGGCCCAUCAGGUUAUCCAGGUGUUCCAGGUGUUCCAGGCGAUCAUGGAGGUCUGGGACCACCAGGCCCUCCUGGCCCAUGUGGGCCUCCAGGGCCAACCGGACCACCAGGUCUGGAUGGACUGGACGGGCUUAGAGGUCCAAACGGGAUGAAAGGAGAAAGUGGCACAGGUUUCCCUGGUCCUCCAGGACCAGAUGGUUUUUUUGGAGUCAAAGGUCUCCAGGGCCAGCAAGGGCCUCCAGGAGCCAUUUUUCCUGGACCCAAAGGCCAAAGGGGCCCACCUGGCCACACAGGUGUUCCAGGCUUCCCAGGUGAACCUGGGAACCUUGGCAGACAGUGCUGGAAGCCUUCGCCAGGACCCCACGGAGACAUAGGAUAUAAAGGACCUCCGGGACCCCCAGGUCCUCCUGGGGAGCUGGGCCCUCCAGGCAGCAGCAUUUUCUCCAAAGGAGACCCAGGUCCAAAUGGCCUCCCUGGGUUACCAGGUCGUAAGGGAGACGUGGGCCCCACAGGGCCUCCUGGGUCUGUGAGCAACAUAGGAUUUACAGGACCAAAGGGUGUGAGAGGUCCUGCUGGUGGCGGAGGUCCUCCAGGACACAAAGGUCAGAUUGGGGUCCCUGGACCUUGGGGCCGCAAGGGAGGGACUGGCCCAGCUGGAGACAGAGGUGCCAAAGGUGCUCGUGGUGAUUCCAAUCCUGGAGUCACAGGAACGACUCCCCCUGGACCCCUAGGACCACCUGGUCACCCAGGAUCUGUGGGAUACCCUGGCGAUGCGGGUCCUCCUGGGACUCCAGGACGUAAAGGACAGAAAGGUCCAUUAGGGACUGUGGGCCCCCCUGGCAAACCAGGUCCUGCUGGUCGUAUUGGUCCUGUUGGAGACCCUGGAGAUGUUGGUCAGCUAGGAUUUACUGGACCUCAAGGUAUCCCAGGUCUACCCGGUGAUCCAGGUCAGCAAGGCUAUAGGGGGGCGUCGAGGGCCGGCUUCCUCUUGGUUAUCCACAGCCAGUCGGUUCAGGUGCCACGGUGCGCUGAAGGCACCAGUCAGCUCUGGGUGGGCUAUAGUCUGGUCUACCUGGAGGGACAAGAGAAGGCUCACACUCAAGAUCUGGGUCAAGCCGGCUCCUGCCUCCCUGUUUUCUCCACCAUGCCUUUCUCCUACUGCAACAAAGGGGCCUGUCACUACUCCAGUCGCAACGACAAAUCCUACUGGCUCUCCACCACCGCUCCGAUCCCCAUGAUGCCGCUCGUUGGCCAGGAGAUCAGCUCCCACAUCAGCCGCUGUGUGGUGUGUGAGACAGUCGCGCCGGCAGUGGCUUUCCACAGCCAGGACCACACAGUCCCCGCAUGCCCGCUUGGCUGGAGGAGUCUAUGGACGGGGUACUCUUUCCUCCUGCACACCGGGGCAGGUGAUGAGGGUGGCAGCCAGUCUCUGACGUCUUCUGGUAGCUGCAUGAAGGAUUUCCGAACUCACCCCUUCAUAGAGUGCCAGGGAGCGCGUGGCUCCUGUCACUACUUUGCCAACCUCUACAGUUUUUGGCUGACUACUGUUAGUCAGACGGAGCAGUUUAUCACCCCGAGGCCUGGCACCAUCAAGGCAGCUGACCAACAGCGACGCAAGGCCAGUCAGUGUCAUGUCUGCCUCAGAGAACUAUAAAAGAACCUCUCAUCACUUUUAGUUGUAAUAUUAAUGUUUUUUUAAGCUUCUGAUUAACACUAAGAGUUACAGAUCGGUUAUAUUUGAUGACAUUUGGCGACAAAGAAAUGUGGCUUUGUUUUUUAAACAUUGCAGCUUUUAUCUGAACAACUGUGUUAUACGAUGUUGCUGCCAUUGUGUCUCUUUUCUGUCAUUAUUUUCAAUGAGGUGCUAUGUCUAAUGAUGGGAAUGUUUAUAAUUGAUCUUCUUGCUGCUGUACCUAAAGGUUUUGUAAUAAUGCAUCUUUUC